CCCCCUCUUUUUCCCUCGUUUUCCUUCCCUCCGCCGCGCAAACCCUCGCCGCCCCCGCCGCCCCCCACCUCAGAUCCGAGCUUCCAGACCCGCCAGCCCGCUCGCCGGCCUUGCGAUCGACGCCUCCCCGCGCCCCCUGAUCCCCAUGGCGGCCGGCGGCGGGGCCGGCGAGGCCGGGGCGCGCGCGCUGCUGCAGCGGCACCAGCCGUUCGGGCCGCCCCCGGGCGAGUACCACCACUUCGGCGCGACCGGAUCCGGCGGCGAGGAUAUGGUGGAGGCGGUCGUCUUCAGGACGCCAUUAAAACGGAAACAUAACAGGGAAGAAAAUGAAGCUGCUGAAUCAAAUGACUGGAUGAUGAGCCCUGGAUAUGCUAAUGCAGCUGGCAGUCCAGUUCCUACACCGCCUUCAGGAAAAGGUUUAAAAACUUCUGCCAAGUCUAAGGCUACCAAGGGCCAGAAAUCUUGCCCUCAGACCCCAUUGUGUUUUGGUUCUCCAGGCAAUCCAGCUACUCCUGUUGGUGGCUGCCGCUAUGAUAGCUCCCUAGGGCUCUUGACAAAGAAGUUCCUGAACUUGCUAAAAGGAGCACCUGGUGGCAUAGUUGAUUUGAAUAAUGCUGCAGAAACACUAGAGGUACAGAAAAGGCGUAUAUAUGACAUUACUAAUGUUCUCGAAGGGAUAGGGCUGAUAGAAAAGAAGCUUAAGAACAAUAUCCGUUGGAAAGGAAUUGAUGACUCUCGACCAGGAGAAGUUAGCGAUGAUAUGUCCAUUUUACAGGCAGAUAUUGAAGCUCUCACACUGCAAGAACACAGUUUGGAUGAACGAAUAAGUGAAAUGCGAGACAGGUUAAGGGAGCUCACUGAAGAUGAAAAUAACCAAAAGUGGCUUUAUGUUACAGAAGAUGACAUCAAAUCUUUGCCCUGCUUUCAGAAUCAAACACUAAUUGCUAUAAAAGCGCCACAUGGUACAACUUUGGAAGUCCCAGAUCCUGAUGAGGUUAAUGAUUAUCCUCAAAGGAGAUAUAGGAUUGUCCUAAGAAGUACUAUGGGUCCCAUAGACGUGUACCUUGUUAGUCAAUUUGAGGAGAUGAGUGGCAUGGAGACUCCUCCAAGGCCCGCACAGACAAUACACACGGAUUCUCUAGAGAAUCCUAGGUCACCGUUGGCUGCAGAAUCCAACAAAGCUGCAGGGAUGGAACCAAAUAUUCAAGAAGGGUUCACAAUGCCUCCUGAUGCUCCUAGUAGUUCGCAAGACAUUGGAGGGAUGAUGAAGAUUGUCCCUUCGGAGCUUGAUACUGAUGCAGACUACUGGCUCUUAUCGGACACAGGAGUUAGCAUUACCGACAUGUGGAAGACAGCACAGGUGGAGUGGGACGGGAUCGAAAAAUUCAACGCGGAGGAUUUCCUGGAAAUUAGUACUCCUCAACACCAGGACAAACCAUCCGACAUCGUGGAUGGUCCCUCCUGUAUAAGCUGAACUGCUGAAUCAUGGCAGGACUGGUUCUUGGCGUGGGCUAUGAAUGGCCGAUCAAUUGGGUGCAGGGGAUGGCUGUGAUGUACAGAUGGAAAUUCAGUACCAUGUUAGUAACUUUCCUGGACCAAGCCGGCAUCCGAAGCAUGCUGAUCGUAACCUGAAGAGAUGGCCCUGGCCCGGUGGCCCUUUGCCGGACUUGACAAGUUGAAGCAAUGUUGUAUCUCGCAACAUGAGAGUUGUACGACUAGGAAUUCGCUGAUGAUGCCCGCUGAGAUUAGUUGUAAACUAGACGUUAUUCGUUUAUCUCUUUAGUGGAUAACAGCAGUUAUUAAUUAUUCGUGUGACAUACGUUGGUGCUCACCGGCGCCAUCCCGAGAUGGACGGUUGCUAUGAACUAGCCAUGCCCUGCAAGUGACCUGUCAACCUUAGAGUGUCUUGGCAGACUAGCUCUCGCCAUCACUGGGCAAUCUCUCAUUCUCUUCUGAUGCAUGUGUAUCGUGAUCUCUUUAUUUUUGUUAGAGGUGUGUGACGUGAUCUUAAUACAUGAUUAGUCUGCUACCCUGCAGCUUCACAUUAGAAGCAA